AUGUCUUCUCCGAAUAAAGCUUUGGAGUUGCAGUUACAAAUGAGACAAAAUGCAGAAGAGCUUCAAGAUUUCAUGAGAGAAUUGGAGAGCUGGGAAAAGGAUAUAAAAGAAAAAGAUGACACUCUGAGAAAGGAGACUGGUGUAAGUGAAGGGACAUUGCCACCUAUCAGAAACAAAGACUACAGAAAAAAGAAAAAGAGCAAAAGCAAAGAUUCAAAUGAAAAGAAACAAGAAAAGAGCAAAAAGCCAAAACCAAAGAUACUUGAUUAUGAGUACUGGGACAAAAUGGAUGUGGACAAAGUACUACAAGAGAUUGAUAAGGAAGACAACACAAAUGAAUCAGUGUCUACAGAGUCUGACUCUGGAGAUGAGGAUGGAAUCAUCAUUGACAAGGACAGCGCUCUGACAGAGAAGGAAAAGGGAAAUAAUUAUUUCAGAGCGGGAAAGUACGAUGAAGCUGUGCAGUGCUAUACAAAAGGCAUGAAUGCAGAUCCGUAUAAUGCAGUAUUGCCAACCAACAGAGCAUCCGCUUUCUUUAGAUUAAAGAAAUAUGCUGUUGCUGAAUCAGACUGCAAUCUGGCUAUUGCACUAGACCGCAACUAUUCAAAAGCUUACGCUCGAAGGGGCGCUGCUCGUCUUGCUUUAAAAAAUUUGCAGGGAGCAAAAGAAGAUUAUGAAAAGGUCCUGGAGCUUGAUCCAAACAACUUUGAGGCUACGAAUGAACUUAGAAAAAUUAACUGUGAGUUACAGGCAUCUGGUAUAACGCCACAACAAAAGGAAGAAACAAAAGAAAAUGAAAUUGUUUUAUCUGCAGAAGAUAUAAAAGCCAUAGAAGCCCAGAAACUGAAGCAACAAGCAAUCGUCCAGAAAGACUUGGGUAAUGCUUACUUUAAGGAAGGAAAAUAUGAGGCUGCUAUUGAAUGUUAUACUCAAGGAAUUACAGCAGACAGUACAAAUGCACUGCUACCAGCAAAUCGAGCCAUGGCUUAUCUGAAAAUUCAAAAAUACAAGGAAGCUGAGGAAGAUUGCACACAAGCCUUAGCUCUAGAUACAACGUACAGCAAAGCUUAUGCCAGAAGAGGGACUGCAAGAAUAAUGCUUGGAAAACUGAAGGAAGCAAAAGAAGAUUUUGAAGUGGUUUUAAAACUGGAGCCUGGUAACAAGCAAGCAAUAUCAGAACUUGCAAAAAUAUCUCAGGCAAGUAUAUUGACAUAA